CUCUAUAUCUAAAGAAUCGGCUCACAAUACUUUUACUAUCAACUAUUACGUUGCCUGCCAUUCAAGAUGCCUCAUUUUAGCGAGAGAACUGAAAUGGAAGGGGUGGGAUUGGAGCCAAUUGCCAUUGUUGGCAUGUCAUGCCAAUUACCCGGAGGUAUCAGAUCUUCAUCCUCUCUAUGGGAGGCCCUGAAGAGUAAAAAGUCUGUACGGACCUCAAAAGUCCCAGGCUCACGCUUCAACAUCGACGGAUACCUGCACGAGAACCUAGAGCGCCCUGGUAGCUUCAAUGUCGCUGGGGGUUAUUUUCUCGAGGGCACACCCGAAGACUUCGACCCCACCUUCUUCAACAUUUCACCGAUAGAAGCCAUGUGGCUAGAUCCGCAGCAGCGGAGGAUGCUCGAAGUCACUUACGAGUGUUUGGAGUCAGCGGGCUUGACGCUUGAUAAAGUAGCUGGCUCCAAUACAGCUGUUUACGUGGGAAGCUUCACUAGUGACUUCCAGCAGAUGUCGUUGAAGGAGGAAGACUUUCGACAUAACUACGCCGCAACAGGUGUCGACCCAGGCAUCAUCAGUGCUCGCCUCGCCAACGUUUUUGACCUUCACGGACCUUCUUUUACAGUCAAUACGGCUUGCUCGUCUUCUAUGUAUGCGAUACACAAUGCCUGUCUGGCGUUGAGGGCGCGAGACUGUACAGCAGCCAUUGCCGGAGGAGUCAACCUUGUGCUCACUGUCGACCAGCAUAUGAAUACCGCUAAACUUGGUGUUCUCUCUCCCACGUCUACUUGUCAUACGUUUGAUGUCUCCGCCGAUGGUUACGGUCGUGCCGAAGGCGCUGGUGCGCUGUACCUUAAGCGCUUAGCUGAUGCGAUUCGCGACGGCGAUCCAGUCCGUGGUGUCAUCCGCACAUCAGCGGUCAAUUCAAACGGCAAAGUCUCGGGAAUGGGUAUUACAUUCCCAAGUGCUUUUGGACAAGAAAGCGCAAUUCGCGCAGCUUACGCCAAAUCUGGUCUAGAUCCCUCUCUUACGCCCUACGUGGAGUGCCAUGGAACUGGAACGCCCGUUGGCGAUCCAAUUGAGGCUCACGCUGUUGCCAAAGCCAUGAAUGAUUCGAGAUCCAUCAAUAACCCUUUGAUAGUUGGCGCGAUCAAGGCAAAUAUCGGACACAGUGAAGCCGCGAGCGGUAUCUUUGCCGUGAUGAAAGCUGCUCUCAUGACCGAGUCUGGCAUUAUCCCUGGUGUCGCCGGCCUCAAGACGGUAAAUCCUGCCAUCCCAGAGAAAGACUGGAACAUCAGAGUUGCUAGAGAGACCGAUAAUUGGCCUGAGCACUCAAGACUGCGACGCGCGGGUGUGUCUUCCUUUGGGUACGGGGGCACCAACGGUCAUCUUGUUGUUGAGUCGGUGGAUAAUCUCUAUCCCCUGUAUCGACACGGUCAGCGACGAGAAGGGUCUUCAUACUCUUACAGUGGCAUUGCAGCCUCUCGCCCCUACCUUAUGCUUCUUUCGGCUCAUGACAGAACGACGUUGGAGCGUAACAUCUCGGCUCACGCUGCUGUAGCGUCGAAAUACUAUCUGCCGGACCUGGCUUACACACUCCUCUCUCACCGUACGAGAUUUCCUGUCAGAGGAUUCACCGUCGCAUCGCCCUCAACAAUUGAGCAAGACUUCAAUUUCUCGGAGUUUACGAUUGGGACUGCCCCAGGAGCUGUACCAGAGCUUGGUUUCAUAUUCACCGGCCAGGGAGCCCAGUGGCCUCGUGUGGGAGCUACAGCCAUGGAAUGCUUCCCAUCCUUCCUCAACACUAUCCGAGCCCUCGAUGAUAUCCUUCAGUGCCUGGAUGAUCACUUGCGCCCGUCGUGGUCUCUCGAAGCCGUGUUGAGGGAGCCAGCUGAGACAAGUAAGAUCAGCCAGCCUGAGAUUGCUCAACCCAUUUGCACUGCUGUCCAAAUCGCCAUUGUCGACCUUUUCGCUAGGUGGGACAUUAUCCCCAAGGUUACAGUCGGUCACUCCUCCGGUGAGAUUGCUGCUGCUUAUGCUGCUGGCCUCUUGUCCGCGCCCCAGGCUAUCAUCACUGCCUUCUUGCGAGGAUAUGCUGUCCAGCGGCAUGCCCCGUUCGGCUCCAUGCUUGCUGUAGGCCUCGGGGCCGAAGAAGCAGCUUCAUACAUAUCGUCGGCUGAUGUAGUUGUGGCUUGCCAGAACUCACCGAGGAGCACGACACUUAGUGGUACGCAAACAGCCAUCGUCUCGAUGCGAGAGCGUCUUCAAGCAGAGGGUAUCUUUGCCCGGGAGCUAAACACGGGGAAAGCGUAUCAUUCUCCGCAAAUGGAAAAUGUCGCUGACGUUUACGACGAGCUUCUUGGCCAUGCACUCUCUGGGCAGGACACUCGAUCCUGGCGACGCCCUCGUGCUGCCUGGUUUUCCAGUGUGACUGGCAAAGAGUUUACGGGUGAUUUAAUCCCUUUAACCUACUGGAGCGACAACCUGCGCAGCAGAGUUCUUUUCGACCAAGCAGUCGUAUCACUUGCAUCAGACCCCACACUAGGCAACGUCAAGGUGAUGCUCGAAAUCGGUCCUCAUUCCGCCUUAGCUGGCCCUUUCAAGCAAAUCUGCCAAGGGGAAGGCAUUGAUCGACUCACCUACAUCCCAACGCUUGUCCGGAAUCAUGAUUGUGCCAAGAAACUUCUGGUCACUGCGGGUGCUCUUCUCUUGCAGAAUUACCCUGUCAACACCGAACAAGUCAACUCGAUUGCUGAAGAGUCCACGGCUAUUGGCAUGAAGAAGAGCCAGGGACCAUUCCUACUAGUUGACUUGCCUCCGUAUCAAUGGAGUUAUGAGAAGAAGUAUUGGGCUGAGGCGAGGACAAGCCAAGAGCAGAGAUCGUUGACGCACUUACGACACGACCUGCUCGGAAGUAGGAUCUACGGUCUUUCUGGUGGCGCCUUUGCCUGGAAGAAUACUAUCCGUCUUCAAGAUGUUCCAUGGAUCAAAGACCAUCGUCUUGGAAAGGAAGUCGUCUUUCCUGCGGCAGCCCACCUUUCUCUAGCCUGCGAAGCUCUGUUACAGACCAGUGACAACUCUGGACUCAAGGUUGAGAGCGUCACCUUCCGAAACGUCGCAAUCAAGCUAGCAUUAGUUGUCCCUGAGACUGAUGGCGGUAUCGACAUUCAGCUACAUCUCAACAAGACAGAUGGAAAAUGGUUCAGCUUUUCUAUCGAGUCUCUGUCCGAAGGGGAAUGGAGAAUGCACUGUCAAGGUUUGAUUGCAGCCAACCACCGUACGGAUAACCUCGCAAGCGGAAGCAAACAUCCUGUCGAUACAUCGAAGCUCAUGCAGAGAGUAACUGGCAAGCGUUGGUACGAUGCAUUCCACCGUGUUGGGUUUGAAUACGGGCCUAGUUUCCAGCCGUUGGCUAGUGUUCAAUCAGACAGUCGGUAUCAUCAGGCAGCGGGCAAGAUUGCCAUCUCGACCAAAUCAGAGCUGGUCCCGGGCGAGUCCCGUUAUCUUGUGCAUCCGUCGACGAUUGAUGGAUGCCUACAACUCAUUCUCGUCGCCCUCAACAGCGGUCUUCAUGCUGAGAUGAAGAGUGGUGCAGUGCCCAUAGAGUUUGAUGAGAUGUCCCUGUGGCCAGCCACUGCUGACGUUGACAACUCUCUGGGUGAUUCAGUGGCGUGGGUCAGCGAGCUGAACGGUCGAUACGCUACCACGCAUGCGAGAUUGGAAACGCCGACUGGCCGAUUGCUCAUGGAUCUGUCUAACCUGGGGCUCGUUUCGUAUGAGGCCGCAGUCCCUCAGAAUGCUCGGACUGAAAGACUACGCGAACCAUACAUGCAAACUGUGUGGAAGCCUGAUAUCGACCUUCUCUCAAACCAAUCUGCUCUCCAACUCCUCUCUGUGAACAACACGGAUCAAGAUGCCUUGGCUGCAAUAGUAGAGCUCGAGCAGCACAAGAGAGCUGCGAAUAGUAUUUUGUUCAUUGGCCAGUGGGAGAUGGAAGUGUUGACGUCCAUAGCCAAGGGAACCUCCAAGGACACUCUCAUUUUGCUUGCGGAUCCUUCGCCGGCACAUCUCGAGGGUAUCAUCGCCGGGGGAAACCUCCCCAAGAACCCUGAUAGCAGUCAUACCAAUGGUUACAGUAACGGACUAACAAAUGGUCAUUCCAAUAUUCUUACUAAUGGAAAAGCCCAUCUGUCUGUUGAAGGCGCCAACAACGGCUACGCGAACGGCUACACAAAUGGUCACGCCAACGGAAACGGCAAUAGUCAUCACAAUGGUCACGCCAACGGUGACUUGCACGAUUCCCUGCGUAUCACCAUUUAUACCAAUGAUAAUACAUCCGCUCCAAACGGCUCUCUCUGGACGGGUAUUGCGGAAACUUCAAAGUGCCAAGUUAACGUGAGAAGCACUAGCGAUGCCUCGGCAGAGAUCUCGACUUCUGAUAAACUCAUCAUCGACGGCAAAGCAUGGAACUUGUGCGAGAUAGAUCAAGACAGGUUCACCUCAUUAAAGCAUAUCCUAACAUCGGGAGCACCCGUUCUCUGGUUAACAACCGGUGUUCAAGAAGGAAUGAACACUCUGGAGGGCACAACUGCGGGAUUCCUGCGAUCAAUCCGAUCAGAAGAUGCGUCGGCCAAAAUUAUCCUGCUCGACAUUCACACCAUGGAAAACGGUGCCGCCAUUCGAAAUGCUGUCCUUACACUGCUUGACAGGAUUGAUACAAAGGAAUCAGGGUCAGACACGGAAUACUGGCUCAGAGAUGGUACUCUGCACGUUCCAAGAGUUGUACCAAACACAGUUCUCAAUGAUGCUUACGGUGCAAACCUUGGCUCUGUGAAGGAGCUACCAUUACCAAGGGAUACGCCAUUGCAGGGCAUCAUUGAACAAGGCGAAUUAGUGUUCCAAAGGGUUCCCCAGAGUCCUGUUGCUGAUGGCGAGAUUGUACUUCGAGUCGAGUGUGCAAGCUUUGAGGCAGCAGAUAUUCAAACUCAACAAACAAUGGCGCCACGGGUUGUGGUCGGAACCGUGAUGGCAAUAGGAUCCGGCGUUGACGAGAGCUUGUACGGACAAAGUAUGGUGGCAUUUGCUCCCAGCCCAUUCAUUACAUGCCUCAGAACCACUCAAGCGUUGGCUACUUUAUGCCCAGACUCAAACCCUGAACAUCAGGCAACCACUCUCCCAGGACUUACCAACGCCAUAAAUGCAAUCAAGCACGCAGCAGGAGUGCAGACCAAUGACCAUGUUUUACUGCUCCCGGCACCGAUUGCCUUCACCCGUGCAGUCAUCGCUUUAAGCAAAGCCUGGGGAUUUCGCCUCACGCUGGCCAUUGCCGAAGGAGACUCGCAAGACAUGGAAGGAUGUACUUCGUUGCUGGCCUCGGACUUUCAAGGCAUCAUGGCUCUUCUCGACGACACAGACCACGCUCCUAGCGCUGUGGUGUCUCAUGACUUUGCAGCAUUAAGCAGCGAAGUCUGGAGACAUCUGCCCACAAACGCUCGCUUUGUCCUGAAUGAUUCUGUGGUCGAAGGAAGUCUGGACUGUCUGCCGUUCUCAAGGGGUGCUACGUUCCAGACUACGAGUCUCAAGACAAUACACAAGCAGCAACCACAUCGACUUGGGGGGCUUUUGCGAGAGGCAGUAGAGUUCAUCCAACAACACACGACUUUUCAGACGCCAGACGUAUAUACCAUCGAUGACCUCAAGGGCGCUAAUUCAGUUAUUGGCGGAAAGGAUCGGAACUUGGUCGUCAGGUUUGAUCAUGAACGGUCUUUGGUCAAGAUCCAACCGACUACGAACGACCUUCAUUUCCGGCCAGACGCUGCCUAUCUCUUGGUCGGAGGCUUAGGUGGCCUCGGUCGCAGUCUGACAAGGUUCAUGUACGAUCGUGGUGCACGAGACUUUGUGUUCUUGUCAAGAUCGGGUACCGACAAGUCCGAUGCCGCUGUGGUGGUGAAUCAUCUAUUAGAUGCCGGGGCACAGGUUCAGGUCUAUCGAGGAGACGUCUGCAUCAAGUCCGACGUUGAGCAUCUUGUGGCAGACGUAACAGCUACUCGCCCCAUAUGUGGCGUUAUCCAUGCUGCAAUGGUUCUACAGGAUGUCAUGUUCGACAGCAUGACUUUCAACCAGUGGCAACGAACCAUGGCACCAAAAGUCCUUGGUGCCCAAAACCUUGUUGACGCCCUAGAUGGAAAAGCUGACCUCGACUUCUUCGUCAUGACGAGCUCCAUCUCAGCGACAAUGGGUAACCCGGGCCAGGCGAACUACUCCGCAGCCAACAGCUUCCUCGAUGCGCUAGCCCAUCAAUGCCGCCUCGCAGGCAAGCCGGCAACAUCGCUAAUCUUGCCAAUGGUGCUGGACGUUGGUGUUGUAGCGGAGAACGAGGCUAUCGAGACGGCUCUUCUUCGCAAAGCCAUGUACGGUAUCGAUGAGCGAGAAAUGCUUCGAGGUUUCGAGACAGCCAUGCAGAAGCGUACGUGGGAUUCCAAUGGCAUCUCUCCGGGGAACUCGCAGCUUAUCCUCGGUCUGGAGCCCGCUGCUCUAGCGUCGGCCAUCAAACAGUCCGGUGCUAGCAGGGAGGAUGCAUACUGGUACCACGAUGCACGGUUUAGCGACCUACGAGCGACCGUCAGCCUUCUUUUACAAGACGGAGGCGGUUCGACCAGCAGCAACGGAGACUUCAAAGCUGUCCUCCACGCGGCUCGCGCUCAAGGCGAGGAUGCCGUGCUUGCAGCCAUCGCCAACCACAUCAUAGCUAAGUUAUCCAGCAUGCUGCUCAUUCCGACUGAAGCGUUUGAGCUUGACGGUACUUCCAUAGCGGUUUACGGACUGGAUAGUAUGAUUGGGGCGGACCUGCGGAACUGGCUGUUCAAGCAAUUUGGGCUUGAAAUGUCUUUCCAGCAUCUCUUGGCGCCUAAAAUGACCAUCAGAGCGCUUUCGACGACUGUGGCAGAGUUUAUAGAACCAAGCGAGGCGUGAGUAAAGACGGGUUGGGGGAUGGUAUAGUUUUCUGAGGCGAAUGGGAUCUUUUUGUUAUCGGGCUGUUUCAUAGACAGAUGAUAGAAUGCUGUUCAGUGCUUCAUUUGCAAUAAGUCAUCAUUUCUCGAUGCAAGCUUCCAUAUUACUCACG